UUGGGCAUUACCACUUUGUUUCUUUGCUUAUCUGCAAUACGAAAAGCGGGUGCGGUUUCCGAUAGCUUGUGUUACUAAAUUGGUACUACUACUUCGUUGUAAUGGAUGAAGAGUGUGGCUGGUAAUGACUGUGGAUUGGAGGGUAGCAUGGUGACGGCAAUGGCUUGUAUGGCGCAGCCUUCAGCGAGCGAGUUGUAGAAUGAAGCUUGCAUCGACCAUUCCAUGUUUGUGCCUAGCCUGUGGAGGUGUGUCGUCGUAUGCUGCGGCAGAUGUUGAGACUCGAUCUGAUAGCCAGCCAACGACCCAAUCAACAGUCUGUGAGUCGCGUCGAUAUGGGGCGGAAAUCUUGUUGGGGGUUCCAGACCGAUAUCGUCGUCUGACCACACGUCUUCACGUGCGCAGUACACACCCCGGACGAUGCGCAUCAUGGCGACACCCACCCACCAAUCCUGCGCAGCAUACCGACGACACCAUUUCUACGCGUCUCGCGUCCUUGCAGCCCUCUUUCCGUCCUUCAUGCGAACAUGGCAAGGAUGAGAUAUGCCCCCCCUGCGACGCGUCUUCCCGGUGGCCGCCCGCUGUGGCUGCCAGUCUAAGACAUCCGUCUGCCUCAUGUCUCAUGACUACCCCCAGCCACGCCCACUCACCGUCACUGCCCACGCACCCCUACUGCCAUGAAUAGCCUCGUGGGUAGUUCACGCGCUCGCUGUAGCCGCACACCACUUCGCGACGGCGUCUGAAGAUCGUUCGCAUACAAACCUUAGGCGC